GUGACGCGGUGACGUCAUGACGGUGCUAUGUGCGCCAUGUUGAUAGGUGACGCAUUGUGUAUUCCCGCCUGCAGCCGGUGAGGAGGAGAAGAGCGGAGAGAGAGAGUUUUAUGAAGUUUUGAUCGCCAUGUUCAACAAAUCGUUCACCUCGCCGUUCGGCGGAGGCACUGGAGCUUUCGGAGCCACGUCUACCUUUGGACAAAAUGCUGGAUUUGGCACAACGCAGGCGACUGGAUUUGGGACGACGACGACGGCAUUUGGAGCGGCUAACAGCGGCGGAUUGUUUGGAACCACCCAGAACAAACCAGGUGGACUGUUUGGGACCACGACGUUCAACCAGCCGGCAACCUCCACCACCACCUCCGCCUUCGGUUUCGGAGCUGCGACCGGUACGCCAAACUCCUUGUUUGGGUCUACGAAUACUGGAGCAGGGGGUCUCUUCUCAUCCCAGCAGCAGCAGAGCAAUGCCUUUGGACAGACAAAGCCUUCGACUUUUGGCACCUUCGGGACGAGUACAAGCAGUGGAGGUCUCUUCGGAAAUACCAACACCACCUCCAACCCCUUUGGUGGGACCACCAGUAACCUGUUUGGUGGUUCCACCUUCUCUGCAGCUCCCACUGGAACCACCAUAAAAUUCAAUCCGCCAUCUGGGACUGACACCAUGGCCAAGGGCGGUGUUACCACCAACAUCAACACAAAGCAUCAAUGUAUAACGGCAAUGAAGGAGUAUGAAAGCAAGUCUCUGGAGGAACUGCGUCUGGAAGAUUACCUGGCCAAUAGGAAGGGCCCCCAAAAUCCAGUGGGCGCAGCCGCAGCAACGGGCUUGUUUGGAGCCUCAACUGCCACUCCCAGUGCGGCCACAGGACUGUUUGGCUCCACCCCUUCCAGCAGCACCUUCUCCUUUGGAAGUAAAACUGCCUUUGGACAGGGCACCAACACUUUUGGAGCCAACACGGGAGGUCUGUUUGGCCAGCCGGCUGCCCAGCCGACCACCAGCCUGUUUAACAAGCCAUUUGGAACGGCGACUACAACACCCAACACAGCCUUCUCAUUCGGGAACGCCAACACUCUGGGGCAGCCCCAGACCAGCACCAUGGGUCUCUUUGGCAGCACGCAGCCCACACAGGCCGCAGGACUGUUUGGUACCACCACUAACACCAACGCCGCCUCUGGCUUUGGCACAGGAACCGGUCUGUUCGGACAGACGAAUGCCACUCCCUUCGGAGGCGUUACCGGCUCGACCUUAUUCAACAGCAAACCUGCCGCCUUCGGGGCGACGACCACCAGCGCACCGACGUUCGGUACUUCUACCGGCGGCCUUUUUGGGUUUGGAACCAACACCGCGGGCACCAGUAUUUUUGGCAAUAAAAACGCAGCGGGUACGCUGGGGCCGGCGCUGGGGACAGGAUUUGGGCCUGGUCUGAAUACGGGACAGAGCACACUGUUUGGAAACAACCAGCAGAAGAUCGGUCAGCUCGGUACCGGCGCAUUUGGCACAACCGCGUUUAAUACUGCUGGAGGCGGCUUAGGAUUUGGUGGUGCUCAGGCCCCUGUGGCUCUGAGUGACCCCAAUGCAGCGGCUGCCCAGCAAUUGGCUCUCCAGCAACAGAUCAAUGCCCUGGCCUACUCUCCAUAUGGGGACUCCCCUCUCUUCAGAAAUCUCAUCGAUGACCCCAAGAAGAAAGAGGAGCGUCUGAAGCCCACCAACCCGGCCGCCCAGAAAGCGCUGACCACGCCCACGCAUUACAAGCUGACCCCUCGUCCAGCGGCCAGGGUGCGCCCCAAAGCGCUGAGCACAGCAGGGACCGCUAAGUCGCAGCUCUUCGAUGGGUUGGACGAUGACGAACCGCCAAUGACAGGCGGAACUUUCAUGCCAAAGAAGAGCAUCAAGAAGCUGGUCCUGAAGAGCUCCUCCAACAUCAGCUCCCUCUUAUCUCCUUCCAAUGCCGAUUCAGCCGAUGAGGUGAACUCCCCCAACAGCUACAAUGAAAACGGAGACAGGUCCAAUGAAAAUCACAGAGUGGAAGAGAACCACGAAGAGGAGGUGUCCACGUUCUACCCUCCUCCAUUAUCCAAACCUCUCCUCCCCUCCAGCCAGGACAAGCAUAUGGACAGCAUGGAUGACACCAUCUUGGCCCUGAACAUGAGGCCCAGCCUGAGGAGCAGCGGGCUGGACGUCAGCGUGGAUGAGAACUCCCUGAACGAGGAGGAGAUCAUGAAUGACGUCCCACCACACCCUGCAGGCAUCGUUCUGAACAGAGAAGGUUACUACACCAUCCCGUCCAUGGAGGACCUGGGCAACAUGGUGGACGACAACGGAGAGUGCAUUGUAGAUGGCUUCACCAUCGGCCGAAAAGGCUACGGGUCCAUUUUCUUUGAGGGACUGGUGAACGUGACUAACAUGAACCUGGAUGAAAUAGUCCAUAUCCGGAAUAAGGAGGUGAUCGUGUACACCGAUGACGCAAACAAGCCGCCAGUGGGAGAAGGCCUGAACAGGGCUGCUGAAGUGACCCUGAAUGAAGUCUGGCCAAUCAAUAAGACCACCCGAGAGCUGAUUAAGAGCCCUGAGCAACUGGCUGAGAUGAACUACAAAAGCAAGCUAGAGGCAGCUUCCCGCAAGCAGGGAGCCCAGUUCAAGGAAUACCGUCCCGAGACCGGGUCCUGGGUGUUCAGGGUGAAGCAUUUCUCGAAGUACGGCCUGCAGGACUCAGACGAUGAAGACGACGGGUCGGCUUCUACAGCAGAGAACAAGAAGAUAAAAUCCGCGACUCUCCCGCCACCUGGACAACAAGCUCCGCCCCCAGCGCAGGCCAGCCUGAAUGGAAAGCACAGUCCUCCACCACAGGGCUCGAUGGCGGAACUGUUGGGAGGACACGCUCUGGCGCUGGACAGUGACAUGGUGGAUGUGACUCAGGAGACGUUCAAGGAAACGGCCAUGGAAGAUCUGGAGGUUCCAGAGGAGCAGGAAUCGCUCUCUGCCUCCAUACACAUCGCCUCUUCUCUCGGGGUGAACCCUCAUGCUUUGCAGGUGAUGAAGGCGUCUCUUCUGAUGGAUGAAGAUGGUGUGACGGAUAUCUUAUCUCCUUAUGGCCACUACCCGUCCUUGCUGGAGACCUCACAGGAUGGGCGCUCCCCCCGACUCCUCCACCCCUCCUCUCAGGCUCAGCGGACCUCCAGUGUUGGAGGUCUCCUGCAGUCCCGCUUCACCGGAUCCUCGUUACUCAAGCAGAGUGAGUCUGGUCAAAGUCCUCGUUCAUCUUCAUCGGCCUCCAAGGGGGCCCCGUGGCCCGGCCUGGGCCUCCUAGCCCCCUCUUUCUUGAUGCCAUCUCCUGCCCCAGAAAUACAGCUGAAGACUGUGGGGACACAAAGGCAGCAAGGUCUGGUACCCUCCAAGAAGUCCGUGUGCACUGGCCGGGGCAGGAUGUUGAUUGACAUGGGCCUGUUUAUGGGACGGUCGUUCCGGGUUGGUUGGGGGCCCAACUGGACUUUGGCUCACAACGGGAAGGUCAUCAGCGAGUCCAGCAUGGUGAAGAAAACCGACAAACUUGGGAAUCUGGACUAUGGAUUUCUGCCCAAACCAGUCACUGCCAAAUCACUUAUGGAAUCUCCGUUUAAAGUCCAUCUGGAGAAGCUGAGUUUAGAGGAGAAGGGGAAGGAUCUUCAGUCUUAUCUGAUCCCGCUGGAGAUUGAGCUUAAGAACAGCACCAUAAAGCCUGAGCAGUGUCCUCUCCUCGUACCCAACCCUGGCUUUGCUGCCAUUCAUGACUAUGCCGGAUGGGUCAGUGAAGAGUGUCAGGAGCCUUCAGAGAUGGAAGCUGUGGUAAAACAGUGGUGCCUAACGUGGACCAUGUGCAAGGCAUUGUGGGGCCAGCUGCGGGACCUGGAGGCCAGCCUAGAUGAAACCAACCAGUAUGUGGAGAGAUUGCAGCGCAGGAAGGCCUUCUCCCAUUGGUUGGCUGAGACGGCGGUUGAUCGCAUUGAGUCGGAGGUGGUGAUGCACCAAAAGGAACGUCCCAUCGAGGCCGUCUUCAGCUACCUGACCGGCUGCCGCAUCAGUGAGGCGUGUCGCCUGGCACAGAAAUCUGGGGACCAUCGGCUCUCUAUGAUGUUGUCACAGUUGGUGGGCAGUCAGCAGCUACAGGAACUGUUGCGUAUGCAGCUGGAGGACUGGCAGAAGCAGCAGGUGGACCGCUUCAUCCAGGAGGAGAGGCUGAAGGUCUAUGUGCUCUUAUCUGGCACUGCGGUAUGGCAAUCUUCUGAUAAGAAAUCCAUCAACGUCUGCUCACAACUGGACUGGAAGCGAGCGCUGGCUGUUCACCUCUGGUACAUGCUCCCGCCUACCGCCCCCAUCGCCCAGGCACUACAGAAAUACGAGGAGGCUUUUCAGGUGUCGAAUGAGGGACAGUGCUAUGCAUCCUAUCCUCUGCCUUCAUACCUGGAGAACGCUGACCUUGCUAUGGAGUCUGAAACCUCCCCACCACCUAUGCAGAGAGACGUCUGCUUCCACCUUCUGAAGCUGUACAGUGACAGAUCUUACGACCUCCGCCAGCUCUUGGACCCCCGAAGUAUCACCUCUGACCCCUUGGACUAUCGUCUCAGUUGGCACCUCUGGAUGGUACUACAGGCCUUAAAUUACACCCACCUGUCGGCGCAGAGCCAGGGAGUGCUGCACACCAGCUAUGCCGCUCAACUGGAGAAUGUGGGGCUGUGGGAGUGGGCCGUCUUCGUCAUCCUUCACAUACCUGACCCUGUUGUUCGGGAGUUGGCUGUGCGAGAGCUCCUGAUCCGACACUGCGUCCUGCGGGAGACUCCGGAGUCGCUGAUGAAGGAGAAGUUCCUGGUUGAGAAGCUCUGCAUCCCGGCACAAUGGAUCCACGAGGCCAAAGCCAUCCGUUCCAGAAGAGAAGGAGACCAACACAAAGAGGCCACCUACCUCCUGAGAGCUGGCCACUGGAACCAAUGUCACCGGCUGGUCUCCCGCCAUCUGGCUUCAGAUGCCAUCAUAAAUGAAAAUUACUCCUACCUACACAGCUUUUUAGAUGAAUUGUCCCGUCCUGAGAACUGCGUCCACAUCCAGGGGUGGGACACGGCAGGACAGGUCUGCUUGGAUUACAUCACUAUCAUAGAGAUGCUGAACAGUAUCCGGCAGAGUGAAUGUUCGGUGUAUGAGUUGGAGAGGUUACACAAUAAAGUCAUCUCCGUCUGUAACCGGGUGGAGCAAAUCCAAUGCUACAAAUCCAAAGACAGGUUGGCUCAGUCCGAAAUGGCGAAACGCGUUGCCAACAUCCUCCGCGUCGUCCUUCGUUUACAGCAUUCACCAGAAUCUGACGACUCCUCCGCCGACCUCCAGCGAGUCCCCCUCAGACUUCUCGCCCCCCACAUCGGCCGACUCCCCAUGCCAGAGGACUAUGCUAUGGAAGAACUCCGCAGUCUCACGCAGUCUUACUUGAGAGAACUGACUUUGCGCAGCCAGUAGAGGGCGGCCUUGUCCGGUCAUGUGAUAUAUUUUUUUUUCCUCCUCUCUGGAUACCUUUUGUAUUUCCAGCCCCCCUC